UCUUUUGCUUGGCUUUGCUUUGUAGUAGAAGAGUACUCUGAGGUGCCGUCAGGGUAACAAGGAAGAUGGUUGGCUAUAAGAGCUUCGUAGCACGUCUGAUAUUUGCAGUGAUCUUUCUAGCCUCUCUCUCUUUGCCAACCAAUGGCUCUGUUGACCCCAGCAGCAGGCUACGCCAGCUCCCCGGGAUGCUACCUAAGUACUGCGGUGUCGCAGUAGAGGGUGUUAUCUACUGCAAGUGCCAGCUCCCAGGCUAUCUCGAGUCUCUGAAAGCUUCACCUCUCCCUGGUGCGGUGGCCAAGUUGCUGUGCUACGAUGGCAAGCAGAGGGUAUUGAUGAGGGGAAUUACGGAUGUUAGAGGAUAUUUUCUGAUCCGAACGACCAAGGUCUCGAGCUCUAUGAUCCCUGCAUGCAGGCUUUUCUUGGCGAAGUCGCCGUUGCCGGGCUGCGAUGUGCCAGGACAAGGCAAAUGGAGGGGAUUUCCUCUCAAAUUCGAGAGAAACAUUUCGAUGGGGUCCGCUCAACGAGCCCUCUACACCGCAGGCUUCUUCAAGGUGGGCCCGGCUAGAGCUGCCUCGUGUCCCCACCACCCUUGAUGUCCAAGGGGGGGCUCCAAGCCUUUUGAGAUGCGGCGUCCCACAGCCUAGUAUGUGAAUUAAGAGAGUUUUUAGCGUCAUUGCAGUUCUUCUUCGUAUGUGCUAUGAACAUUUUAGUCCAAGUGGCUGCUGCAUUGUUAUAAUUAAGGACUAACAGCUCAGUUACCCUUAAUCAACCUUUCUCUUGUUAAGUUUCCAAUAUGUUCCUAGGGUUCUGAUUACCGUGCUGAUGUUUUGAUUAAUUUAAACAUUUUGUUGAGAGUUUCUAGCGUGAGCCAAAAGAAUGGAAUAUGGAGCAAACAGCUGAUU